GCUGUAUUGUCAGUGUGUCGCGAGGACGGAGGGAGCGCGGAGUGGAACCUGCGCGCGCUCUGCACUGCACUGCACUGCGCUCGCGAACGGAACGGCACGGAACGCUACCUGCGGCGGAUCCCGUGUCGGUUAACGGAUAAAAAAGGCUCGCGCGGAGGCGCAGCAGCAUAUCUCCCGCGCGCAGGGUUUGAACAGUAACGGUCGGUUUGGGAGUUUGAGUUUUGUUGCUGUUUACAUUUAAACUGAAUCGCGAGCGGCUUUUUAAAAAAUAACACGCAAAAAAGCCUGUAGGAGAGAAGAGCCGUUGGAAAGUGAAGACGCGGCGGUUCUCCUCAGGAUUUAACGCGGAAUUAAGCGGAUAAAACGCCUUAAAAACCGAGGAUUUCUGUGUUUUCUCCGCGAUUCCUCCGUUUUCAGUGACUGCCGUCGAAGUGUACGGGGUUGUCGACAGCAGGCGCUGUGAAUUAACGGCUGAUUUGUUCGGUUAAAGCCACUUUAACGGAGUGCUGUUGGGCGAUAACGGCUGUCGGAGAUCCCGCAGGUUCUUUUUCCUGACAGGAACCGUUUGGACAAGUUUUCUUAUUUUUUCUGAGGGAUUAUCCAGGGUUUCCAGUCGGAUUGGACUCUUUCCAGUCUUGGGGAAUGUGUAAAACGAGGAGAAAAGCGGAAUAAAAGUGAAUUGUUGGGGGAUUAUCGUUGCAUUGGGUUACUAGUUUGUACUGGACAGAAAUGGUCGGUUCUGGUUCGGCUCAGUGACGGAGCUGAAUGUAGCGAAACAGAACCACAGCAAUUUAUGGUCGGCCUGGGCAGCUCGGCGGCUGUAGAAUCGCUGGUGUGUGUGCGAGAGGAGCUCGAGAGUGUGUGCAGAGAUGCUGGCCUGCCUGCAGCGGAGACAGAACCCGGCCCAGCACGGCCUGACCCGGACCCAGCACACGCUCCAGCCCUGCAGCACCAAGAGCCUGGACCCGCCCCAGCACAGCUCACGCAAAUGUGAACUGAGCAUGCCUGUUCAUUCGCGCUACCCCAGCACGGUGGAGCUGGACGCCUACGCCCAGAAGACGGCCAACAACCCGCUGUCCAUCAAAAUCUUCCCCACUAACAUCAGGGUCCCACAACAUAAGCAUCUUAACCGGACUGUGAACGGCUACGACACCACGGGCCAGCGCUACAGCCCUUACCCACACCUCCACACGGGAGGCUACCAGGGUCUACUGGCCAUCGUUAAAGUCUCCUCUUCGUCAUCCUCUUCGUCUUUAUCUUCAGGCUCUUCUUCUUCUUCUUCAUUGUCAUCAUCAUCGUUUGUGGCCUCUGCGAAGGCCGUGGUGAAGAAUUCCGAGGGCAGGCGGACUAAGAUCUCUCCCGCCCAGAUAGCUUUAGCGCCUUACCCACCCCCCACCACCACAAAUAACCACAACAACAGUAACAACAACAGCAGCACUUUAGCUCACUGUCACGCCCAGACUCUAGCCGUGCCCCCGAAUGUGACAGUCGCUGGAUCUGUUUUACCCCUUGCUGGAGGCAGAGGGGGGCUAAACCUUCCUCCUCAAUCUAACCUGCCCUCAAUCCAGAGCAUCAUCUACCAGAUCAACCAGCACUGCCAAGCCCAGGCCCUUCAGCAGGUCUCCACAGCGCCCCCUAACCCAAGCCCCUGCAAGCAAGGCGCCACGGUAGUCGGCGUCUCUUCCAGUUCAUCUGGAGGGAGUUAUGUCGGCAACUUGGGGGGGUACUCCGGCACAGGACUUCCAGGACACAACGUUGAAGGGAUGAAGGUGUACUCUGAGGGCGUGGACUACAUCCUGUGGCAGAAACAACAACAGCAGCAGCAGCAGCAGUCCGUGUUGAGGAUGUACAGUGGUGGAAGCGGUGGUGGAGGGGCCAUCAGCAAAUCGCCAGAGUCUUGCGCACCGGGGAGUAGCAUCCUAAUCGGGGGAGCCCAGGUGUCAUCCUCCUCUUCUUCUCGGUUGUACCCAAUGACAGCCAGUAUAAGUGGAGGAGGAGGAGCAGGAAGUGGGCUGGACAAGAUAAGCUCCUCCCCUUUGAACUGUGCAGCAGGAAUGCAGGGAAACUUUGCCGUGGGUCCGUACUUUGGGCCGCCAUGGAACAGCAUUCUGGUCACGCCGGACAGCGAUUGCUACAACCCUCAGGAGCUGCCGGGGACUACGGCUACCGCCGCCACAGCCAUUACAGCCGGGCACAGGGAGCUGGGCUUCCCGCCCCACAAUCAUCAUAAUCAUCACCACCACCUCCAUCAUCAUCACCACCACCACCAUCACCCACACCCAGCGUUGGACAGCACAGGCGGCAUGUGCUGCAGCCUGCCCAGCAAAAGCCUGUGCAAUGCCUCGGUCCUCAGCAGCAGCCUGCAGUCUCUGGAAUACCUGAUCAACGACAUCCACCCGCCGUGCAUUAAAGAGCAGAUGCUGGGAAAAGGCUACGAGACUGUCUCGGUACCGCGGCUGCUGGACCACCAGCACGCGCACAUCCGACUUCCUGUUUACAGAUAGAGUCCGGCGUCUCGCUCCACAGGAAGUGCGUCUGGGUCUGGAUCUUUCCAGUACGAAGGGAUGAAAACCGCAGAUAUUUCAAUCAGAAACUGAGGAGUUUCAGUUUUCAUUGUAACGUCUCGAAUAGUGACGAUUUUGUACCGUGAACCGCCUGAGGAGACCUGGAUCACCUGGAUUGGCCGAAAGCUUGAAAGCUGAAAGGGAGUUCGCUGGGAAACAGAAAUAAAAAGAAAUAAAAAGGAAGGAAUGUUCCACUUAAGGAUUCUGCGUUUUAUUAUUUUAUUGUGUGUUUUUGCCAACAGGGAUUUUUAGCUUCAUUUUCUUUUUGUUUCUUUUGUUCUUUCGUUUGCUUUCUUUCUUUACGUUGAAAUCGCUCUGAUUGGACUUAAAGAUACAGAUCAAGGUCAUGAUAAUAAUAAUAAUAAUAUGAAAAAAAAUGAUGGUGAUCGCUUUGCUUUAAACAAGCAAGAAAGAAGCGAGAAAACAGGUAUCGCCCCCUGCUGACAACCAAGUGUGUGGAUUGAUUCCUAUGAUGAUUUGAAGAAUAUAAAGAAGAAGAUAAAAAGUGGACUCAAAGAAAAAAGUUGUUUAGGGCUUCGAAAUGUACGCACACAUAAAUAUAUACACACAUAUACUGUAUACAUACACACGUAUGCAACUCUUGAUGGAUGUAUACUAUACGUGCACAUCAGAUGUUACAGAGGCUGAAGAGUAAUGAGUUGAAUUGUCUGAUUGAUUAAAUCACACGAAAAAAAAGAUAAAGGUAAAAUAAUUAAUUGCGAUAAUUAUAAUAAAAAAUUGCACUGCUUGGGGAUCUAAAAUUCUUGAAGAAUUGGGAAGCUGGGCGUAGUAAUUUUAAUAUGAUGUAUUUAUGAAACUUGAAAAAACUUGAACUUAUUUUUGUUGUUUUAUAUAUUUGUAGAAUUCGAUAUGCAUCGGCUGCUAAAGGGGGAAACACUCGUCUGGAACGCUUCGGUUUUUUAUGGUUUGUCGUUACACUUUGGGUUGUUUGGGUUGUUUGUUUUUUUGGGUUUUUUUCUUUGGUUCUUUCCUCUUCUGGCUCUCUUUUCUGUACUUCUGAUGGUCUAAUCACUGCUUUGGUUCGUAAGGGACCGCUGACGCGAGCUUCGCCGCUCGUUUACUAACACUGGAAUCCGCUGGAGUCUCGGAAACUGACUGGAGGUUGCUGAGGUGACGCGUAGGUGUUUCAGCAUCUAGAAUGAAGAAUGUCCUGCUAUUUAAGGUCCUGGUUUCUUUGUACCCUUCGGUGUGAUGUUAGAGAAUUUGUCUUGGUUUUAAGUGAAUCCCGGACGCUGUGAUGUCGGGUUUUCUCAGACUGUGGCUUUUGGAGUAAAAAUCACGUAAUCUGACCAGAGCAGAUAUUUGGGUUUGGUUUGGAGAUCUUUAGGGCUGGCCUACUUAAACUACAAAAAAUGUAACCAAUAAGAGCCUUAAGUUACUAAUAGUGUAGAAAA